AUGUACGGCAUCCCCAUCGUGCGCUCACCAUUCACCACGCAUGUUACCAUGGAGCAAGGGAGAGCGAAGAUGGCCGGAUUCAUUGCCGGGGCAAUUGAUACGGAGACGCUCAUCUCGCACGCCCUUAUGGACGUGCUCAACCAGAGAGAGUCUGGAGUGGACUUGACUCAGGAGAUAGAUGAUUGUUUUUUUACUAAGGAGCUGAGUAAUUAUAUUGCCGGGGCCGGGGCAAUCGAUACGAAGACGCUCAUCUUCUAUGCCCUUAUGGACGUGCUCAACCAGACAACCAACAAGUACUCGUUUGAUCUAUACGAUGUCACGGAUGGGAGUUCCCCUGUGCUCAUGUUUGGUGCCAACCUCAUCCGCAAGGGAAGAGGCAUAUUAUCGGCCUUUCUCGACCCUGCGACCAUUCCGCCGGGCGACAAGGAAGUUCAACCCUUCCCGGAGCCCUUCUGUUCUCGAACCUUUGAAGUCCAUUGCAGGUUCCUGGACAGCGGCAGUGCGUGGCGGCUGGUGUGGGCGCCGGUGUUGGUGGCGGUGCUGGUGGCGCUGGUGGCGUUGCUGUUGACGCUGAUCGUGGUGUUCGUGGCGCGCAAGCAGGCGCCAUCAGCUGUGCCGCAUGAUGGAGGCGCUACUGGAGAGCGACCUGCAGGGGGGGCAACAGCUCUCAACUUUCUCCCGUGCCUUCCCCUCCACUGUCCCAAUCACCCCCACCUCACGUCCUCCUCCCCCCAAGGAAUGAUGGAGGCGCUACUGGAGAGCGAGCUACAGGGGGGGCAGCACCGGGACCUGGCAGUGGCCAAGGAGUGUGCAGCAGCCAUCGUGGGGCAACUCAACUCCGUGCUCGACCUCGCCAAGCUGCACGCCGGCCGCCUCUCCCUCGAGACUCUCCCGCUCUCCCUGCACCACUGCGUUGACAUGGUCGCCCGCGACUUGCUGCCCGAGGCCUGCAAGAGGGGCGUCCACAUGGUGUGCCAGGUGGACUGCAGUGUGCCCGAGGUGCUGCUGGGUGAUCCGCUGCGCCUCGCUCAAGUUGUCAGGGAGCUCAUCAGUCAUGCCAUCCGCACCACCAUAUCAGGCCAUGUGGCGUUUAGAGUGUUGUGCAUCCCCAUGCCCUCUCCCAGCACCCUUGGGUGUUCGCCCCUCACCCCGCCUCUCACCACACCCGCGCCUGCUGAUGCCAUGACGCCUUCACAAGCUGCUGCCGACCCAUCAAAUGCUGCUGCUGCACCUUUGAAUUCUGCUGCGGCAUCACAUGCUGCUGCACCUUUGAAUUCUGCUGCGGCAUCACAUGCUGCUGCUGCGGCGGCGGCGGCGGCAGCAUCGGGCUCAGCGGGUGGGGAAGGCGGAGUGCAGUGUAAGGCAUGGCUUGCAUCAUGGCUGGAUGAGGCCUGCCGCCAAUGCAGUGGUGGCAGUGACAGCAGUGGGGGAAGUGGGGGCAGUGGCACCAUUCUAUCAGCCAAGGCGGCAGCAGCAACUGCAGCUGCAGCAGGAGAGGGAAGCAGCGAUGGGGAGGGAGGUGGGGCAGGAGUAGACUACAGCGAACCUGGGGGAGAGGAAGGCAGGGAGGAGGCGGAGAGGGAGGUGGGGCAGAUGCGAGCACUGCUGAGAGAACUGGAGGGGUGUGUGAGUCGCUUCAGCGAUGGCUCUGUCGUGUGUGCGGCCGUUGACACUGCUGCUGAUGCGGCUGAUGAUGUUGAGGAGGGGUGUAGGAAUGAGCGACAUGGAGGGGCAGAACAGAAGGAACGCAAGACAAAGCCAGCAGUGCCGUCCGCAUGGUGGGGGUGGAGGCAGUCAGCGUUUUGGAGAGCAGCAAUAGCAGGUAACAGAGAAGUUCAUCAAGGGGAGGCACGCAGAGAGGAAGGGGACAGUAAAGAGGGAGCGGGGGGAGGAGAGGGAGGGGCGGGCAGAGGGGGGUUGCUGGUGGUGAUGGUGUGUGAGGACACGGGUGGUGGUAUAUCACCGGAGGAGCUGCAGUGGGUGCUGGACCCAGAGGGGCGGGCAGCAGUGCAGAGCAGAGGAGAUUCGUUGCUGCAAAGGGGAGUUUCUAAUAAAGGGCGCAUGGUGCGUGCUGCGACCCAUGCCAUGCCAUGUCAUGCCAUGCCCCACGAUUCCUUCCAAUCACUGCCUCCCAAUCACUGCCUUCCAAUCACUGCCUUCCUCACAUGUUUUGAGGCGUCUCAAACUCGCUCCAUCUGUGCUUUCUUCCUUUCCCCCCUCACCUCUCUCCAGAAUGAGGCGCCACUUGUGUCGCCCAUGUCUGCCCUGCAUCGCUCCGUGGACUUCUGGCCCGGCUCUGCUGCACCUCCUUCUCAGCCCUCCUCUGCGCCUGCAUGGGAGCCCUACCCCGUUCGCUUCCUGCUCUCCACAGGCCUGGUGAAACUAAUGCGGGGGACCAUGGGAAUAGCAACGCAGCACCAUGUGGGUACCACCAUCCUCAUCAGCCUUCCAAUGGCCGCCUGCCAUCUGUCAGAAACUGGUGCUGUUGCUGCUGAUGCCGGUGGUAGUGGUGGUUGUGGUGGUAGUGGUGGUAGUGGUGGUUGUGGUGGUAGUGGUGGUAGUGGUGGUUGUGGUGGUAGUGGUGGUAGUGGUGGUUGUGGUGGUAGUGGUGGUAGUGGUGGUUGUGGUGGUAGUGGUGGUAGUGGUGGUUGUGGUGGUAGUGGUGGUAGUGGUGGUUGUGGUGGUAGUGGUGGUAGUGGUGGUUGUGGUGGUAGUGGUGGUAGUGGUGGUUGUGGUGGUAGUGGUGGUAGUGGUGGUUGUGGUGGUGGGAUGGCGGGCCGGGGUGCGAGUGCAGAGGUGCACGAGUGGGUGGAUCAUCGCAAGGCCAUCUGCUCGCUUGUGGCGGGCAAGACAGCGCUGCUGCUGGAUGCCAUGCCGCUCAGAGCACAGGCAACGGAGGCGUGUCUGCGCUACCUGGGAAUGGACGUCACUCUGGCAGCCUCGCCCGCACAGGCCAUGCGCCUCAUGCGCCACCCACCCACCACCACCACCGGCGGCGGCAGCAGCAGCGGCGGUGGCGGUGGCGGCAGCGGUGGAGGAGGAGGGUGGGACGUGGUGCUAGUAGACGUGGACGUUGCUGGCCCGCGCACAGGCCUCCACGUGGGCGAAAAGAUUCUGCGCCACGCGGCUGAUGCAGCCGCUGCUUCUGCUGUUGCUUCCGAUGCUGCCACGAGCUCCCAGGGUCGGCAGGGUGGGGGCGAGGCAGGGCGAGAGGCAGGGCGGGCAGUGGUGGUGCUGACGGGGGCGAGGGCAGACAGUGUGGAGAGCGAGCAGGCGGAGAGGAUGGGUCGCUCCCUCGGGCCCCCACUUCCCAACGACACAGCCUUGUUGUCUCCAAGUGCCUCCAACCCACCUCCAGCAGCAGUGCUCAGCCCGUUGGCGGUGCGGCGCGUGGCGCCGGAGGAGGAGCUGAGGGCGCUGGUGGGGCAGCAGGCGGUGGUGGUGGUGGAUGACAACGCUGUCAACCGCGCCGUCGCCAGACGCACGCUGCUCGCACUCGGGGCUCUCGUGCACUUGGCAGCGGGAGGCGCACAGGCGCUGGACUGGCUGCGCCAGCACAUGGCUGCUGCCACCCGCGGCGGGCAGGAGGGGCUGGGGCAGCAGCAACAGCAGCAGUGGCAGGCGGAGGGGCAAGAGGCAGAGCGCGCUGUGCCGCUUGUGCUGUUGGACCUUCAAAUGCCCGACAUGGACGGCUACGAGACGGUGCGGCGCAUCCGAGCCAUGGAGGUGGAGGCCGCUGCAAGUGACACCCCGGCGGGUGAAGCUCAUGCGGGAGGCAGCAGGGGCUGGCGGCGGCGGUGGUGUGUGGUGGCGCUGACAGCGGAUGUGGACGGCGAUGUGCGGCGGGCGUGUGCUCAGGCCGGCAUGGAUGGCGUCGUCGCCAAACCCAUUGUGCCGCGCGACCUCCUCGCUGCGCUCAAGAGCGCCGGCUACCGCAGUUAG